AUGUCUGUGUUCAUGAAGAUGAACACACCUGCAAGAAAUCAUCAACAAGUUCGCACCCUCAUUGACAUAACACAAAUUUGGCAGUGGCACAUGUAUGAUCCUGAGAAAAUCAUGGAAAGACGGUGGCUUGAUGUUGCAUUCUGUGACAUUGGGUCUUUAAUUUCUGCACCUACUAAGUCCCCUGUGGACCGGACAGAAAAGCAUGGAUCAACAGGGAGCUAUUUUUCCAUGGACACUGCUGACGGAGAGGAAGAGAUGCUCAAUGAAGAAUACACUUGGCUGGAUGAGAUGGUCACAUCUGUGCCAGCUCAAGAUUCAGCCUUCAAGGUCGAGGCCGAAGUGGAUAUCCAUGCACCAAUUGUGACAAGGAUCUUGUCAGAUGAACACGAGAGUGUAGUUGACCAGGCUCUAGAGAAUGACAGCCAUGGCAGUGAUGGCACUAGUGACCUGGAGGAUGUGGAUGCCGAGUGGGCCAACUGGCAGAGAACUUGGAGAAAAUUUUGA